UGCAGCCUGCGUUUUGUCUGAUGGUCAGGUACUCUAAUUUCGAAUUUGGCAUCAACAUCGUGGGGCCCAUGCUUACCCGAACUCCAAUAUAUCAAUCCCCCACCGUGAACUCCAGAUAAUAUAAGGUCCUCAGAUCUCGCACUCUUUUUUUUCAAAAUUCAUCCACAAAGCCUCCCACCAGGCCAGGACCCACAUUCUCUUCUUCCAGCACAUCGCCAGAUCGUGCUUCAUUCCUUUCAUUCCCCACGUUGGAACCAACUGUCCUUCAUUUUUUUUGUGUUGCUUCCCAAUUUUUUAACCUGACGGCAAACUCGACUCUGGAAAGCUCGAAAAUCCUCACAUCAUGAACUGGAAGUCUUGUCUCCUCGCCCUUGGGGCGAUGGUGGGACUUGCCUCUGCGCAGUCCUCCACAGCAUAUACCGAUUCCGAAACUGGCAUCGCCUACCAGUCGUUCUCGACAGUGUCAGCUGGUGGAUAUGUGUUCGGUAUGGCUUUGCCAACAUCACCUACCGACGAGUUCAUUGGACACAUCGUCGGUCCCAUAGCCGGUUGGUCGGGUCUUUCUCUCCGUGGCUCGAUGACGGACUCCCUUCUUCUGGUCGCAUGGGCAAAUGGAAAUGAGGUCGUUCACUCGUUCCGCUGGAUCGACUCCUACAUUGACCCUCUGGUCUAUGACGGGCCCACCGCCACGACGAUGUACUCGUCCGUGAAUACCACCCAUUUCAAGUACACCUUCCGUUGCCAGAACUGCAUGUCUUGGGAUUCCGGCUCUAGCUGGGACCCUACUGCCGACUUUACAGUAUUGGGUUGGGCCAUCAGUUUGGAUGCGUUGACCGAUAAGACGGAUCCCGACACGGUUUUGCCCUACCACAACAACGGAAUGGGUCAGUACGGAAUGAACCUCGCCGGAGCGAAGAGCUCUCUCUACCAAAGCUGGCUCGAUGCUGCCGGUGUCGGCGGUCCUACAACCACUGCCCCGGCGUCGUCCACCACCGUGGCCCCAUCUUCUAGUUCGACGGCAGCACCCAUUCCUUCCAGCACAAAUGUCCUAGGAGAGUACGAUUACAUCGUUGUUGGAGGUGGUGCCGGAGGUCUGGUUGCUGCUGACAGGCUUUCCGAGUCUGGCGCGACCGUUCUCAUGAUCGAGCGUGGUCCUCCCUCUACUGGUGAACAUGGCGGAACGAUCGCCCCUGAAUGGUCCAAAGCCGAGAACCUCACCCGCUUCGAUAUCCCUGGUCUUUGCAACGAGAUCUGGGUGGACAGCACUGGAAUUGCUUGUGAUGAUGUUGACCGCAUGGCUGGAUGUGUUCUUGGAGGCGGUACUGCUGUUAACGCCGGCAUGUUCUUCGUUCCCCAGGAUCGCGACUGGGACUACAACUUCCCCACUGGGUGGAAGGCAUCGGACGUGGCGGCUGCUCAGGCGCGCAUGUUUGCCCGUAUCCCCGGCACUGACACCCCCUCGAUGGACGGAAAGCGGUACAUCCAGGAGACCUACUCGGUCCUUGGAGCGGCCGUGAAGAAGGCCGGAUGGACAGAACUUGCAAGCAUCAACGCCGCCCCCAACCAGAAGCUCAAGACCUUCGGCCAUUCGCCAUUCAUGUUCAGCAACGGUGAGCGUGGUGGUCCCCUGGCCACCUACCUCAGGACUGCGAAGAAGAGGGUCAACUUCAAGCUUGUGACCGACACCAUGGUUCGCCGUGUUGUCCGCAGCGGAGCCACCGCCACCGGUGUUGAGGUCUACGCCACUGCCUCCAACGGCCAAACUGGUAUCUACAAGGUCAAGGCCACUGGAAGGGUCAUCCUCUCCGCCGGCGCGUUCGGAACCGCCAAGAUCCUGUUCCGCUCCGGAAUCGGGCCAAAAGACAUGCUCGACAUCGUCAAGAGCUCGUCCACCGAUGGUUCCUCGAUGAUCGCCUCGGCCAACUGGAUUCUGUCUCCCGUCGGCUACAACGUUCUCGACCACACCAACACUGAUAUGGUCGUCUCGCACCCCAACAUCAAGGCCUAUGACUUCUACGCUGCGUACGACACCCCUAUCGAGGCCGACAAGAACGCCUACCUCGACAACCGCGCUGGAAUCCUCUCCACCGCGGCCCCGGGUAUUCCCCUCGUUCUCUACGACCAAGUCGUCGGCACCGACGGGAUCACCCGGCAGAUGCAAUGGACCGCGCGUGCCGAAGGCUCUCUCGGCAACUCCGGCGACACCCUGAUCACCAUAUCGCAGUACCUGGGCACGGGAGUGACCAGCCGCGGCCGUAUCACGAUCAAGAGCAACCUCGGCAUGACUGUCGGCACGGAGCCCUAUGGCACCACCGGCCAGGACAAGGCCGCCAUCGUCAAGGGCAUCGAUAACAUGCUCACCGCCAUCAAGGGCUGGACCGACGCCAACGGCACCGCCAUCACCCUGCUUUCACCGGCGUCGGGUGUGACCGCCCAGGCUUACGUCGACUCGUACUUCCAGAGCCGUGGUAGCAACCAUUGGCUCGGAUCGGCCAGGCUGGGCACUGACGACGGCACUAAGCUCGGCGGUACUUCCGGCUCAGUGGUGGAUCUCAACACCAAGGUCUACGGCACCAACAACAUCUACGUAAUCGACGCCUCCAUCUUCCCCGGUCAUGUCUCCACGAACCCUUCGGCGCCUAUCCUCGUAGCAGCCGAGCACGCGGUCAAGAAGAUCCUGGCGAUCCCGCUGCAGAACUUCCCAACGACGAGUGCCACGACCACGGCGGCAACCACAAGUUCUACGAGCACUGUCGUCGCCAGGGUAAAGAGAUUCCUUUCUUCCGCGUCUAGGCGCCACAUCCGUGCCUUCUAAUCGAGGAUUUUUUUCUAACGCGCGUUGGUUGUGGGCGGAGCAGUAUGGUCAGUGCG